UUGUUAUCCAGUUGUUGUCUCAAUUGCAUAGGCAAACCAUCUUUAUACAGCUUUUUUUUUUUUGAUAUCACUUUUUUUGCAGGAACGCUCAGAGAUGUGCGACGUUCAGCGCGAAAUGAGCGCCGGUUUUAUGACCAGCUCGAUGGUUUAUGGACAUUUGUUAGAGAAGAAACGAAUUCUCCCUCAAUUGGUCUCCUGCGAAAAUGGCAUCUAUAUGAUUUAUCACUUUUUGAGAAUGCGACUGUGAUGCCUGUUCCAUCGGCCUACAACGAAUUAACAGCGGAUCGACAAGUCCGAGAACAUGUCGGAUGGGUCUGGUACCAACGCAAAGUUAUAGUCAGCGCGCGUGAUAAGCCAUACCGCCAUUUCCUUCGCUUUUCGAGCGUCAAUUACCAAGCUUUCGUUUUUCUCAACGACAAAAUAGUUGGCAUUCACAUUGGUGGACACCUACCAUUCGAGUUUGAUGUGACAACGUACAUUUUGUUUGAUGCUGAAAAUCGCAUAACCGUUGCUGUAAAUAACACUUUAUCACCGCGAACAAUACCACCUGCUGGUUUCUACUAUGUUCAGAAGAAGUAUGGUGAGAGGAAACAGUACGCGGACGGGUUCGUUCUUUCAUCGAUGGUUUGGAGCAGUAGCACAACCAGGACUUUUUGAAA